AUGCAAGCUCUGAAGGUUGUUGUGCUGUUGUUGUUGCUGGAGGACGGGUUGGGUCAAGAGGAGACGGAGGAGGAGCAGAUCAACAAGUUCAACAAGCUCCUUAAGGAGUUUGGGUUCUCAGCAUCUAUCCAGCAAAAAUUAGAUCAAACAAAUUCAGCCCGUAAAGAAGAACCCUCUUUUUCAUCCUCUGAAUCAGGACGGAUACCUCCAGGUUCAAGGUCCGGAGCAGGACGAAUACCUCCAGGUUCAAGGUUCGGAGCAGGAACUACGGAGAGAUUACCCAACCUGGAACCAACUCAGGCUGCCACCUUUGUUGUGCCAACCACGCCCUUUACUCCGACCAGACGUGUGUCAAAUUUUCAAGCUUCGGCGCCACGCCGUUCCCCACAAUCCAGGUUUGAAGAGGAGAAUAGUAGGUUUGUUGUAAAAUCAAGAGCUAGACAGUUUUCCUCUCUCAAACCUUCUUCUUCUAGAUCUAAUCCUUCUCCUUCUAAACCUAGUCCUUCUCCGUCACAACCUAGUCCUUCUCCGUCACAACCUAGUCCUUCUCCGUCACAACCUAGUCCUUCUCCUUCUUCUUCUUUAUCUAAUCCUUCUCCUUCAAGAUCCAAACUUUUAUCCCCUCGAUCCAAUUCACAACGAACCCAAUUCAAUGUUCCACCAACCCAAUCCCAACCAAUCCAAUCCCGACCCCAACCAACCCAAUUUCAAUCCCAACCAACCCAAUCCAAUUCUUUCUCCGUGUUCCCAACUCAACAAAAUAUAAAUUCCGGUUCUUUGGGUGAUCUAGGAGAAGAAUCAAUUAGAAAUCCUGAAUUGAAAAACUCGCGAUUGGAUCCUGCUGUGCGGAGAAUCAGUGCAGCUUCAUCCGUCCUACUCAAUCCAACCCUACAAUCUGCAAUCAAUGAACCUACUGAUUCUAAUGAAAACAAAGUUAUCUCCUCGUCCUCGCAAACCAGCUCAAGUAGGUUACUGGAGCAGGGCAGAGAGGUAGAGAUUAGGACGGAGUCUGCCAUUGAUCAGUUGAACAGGAUCCAGGAUGAGUUUGCUCCGGGUACCCGUCUAGUAGGGGAGGAGAGAAGAGGGUUCAACUUUAAGAAGGGAAAUAAAAAAGAGCAGGAGAAUGGAUUGAAAGAAAAAGAAGCAAAAGAGGUGAGAAGUAAUUCAGUUUCUCAAUCCAGAGAUUCGGAUAAAGAUGAGAAUGAAGAGAAUAAGAAUGAAGGAAGGAAGGAGAAUGAGAAAGAAUACAGCUGUAGGAAGAUAUGUGAUCUCUUGAUAUUUGAAAUAUAUCAGGUUUUGGGGGGAAAUGUUUGCGGGUGCCACGGUCUACAAGGGCAAAAGUGA